AUGCGCAAAGUUCUGAUUCCAUUCUUUCUUGCAUUAGCUGUCACACCCCUAACUCACAGCCUUGAGGGAACAUUGCUGGUGGAUCGUGACUUGCUUAAAUUUUUGAGCUUGUCAAUGAGCGGAUGCUUUUCUGCGGGUGCACUUCUCCUGCUGCUUAUAAGCAGUAGUGGAUAUGGCCUGCCUGGCUGCUGGUUCGGACUUGUGGGAUUUCAAUGGGCACCAUUUUCUCUCUCUCUUCGGCGCCUUCUUUCUCCAAAUGGCAUACUUUACUCUGAAGAUUUGAGUCAUUAUAAAUUGGAAAAACUGAGGGCUGUCUGGUUAAGUACUCCAAAUGAACUUACUGAAAUCAAUUUAUGGUUCGAGCCUACAGAACUUAGGAAUUAUAGGGUAAAAAAAAUCAAUAGUACAUUGUUUGCCUCUACGAGGGUAAAAGCAAGAUCAGCAUUGUAUUGUCCCAACCUGUGA